AUGAGCUCGAAAUCUGUGGUUAUUUCACUUCUGCUCGCCGCAGCGGCCUGGUGCCCUACGGCCGCUCGGUUUACGGAACCUGGAUCAGAUACAGUACCCGGUUUUGCAGUUCUUCCGCCUCUCCCGAAGCCUGACCCACGAAUACAACAUCCUGAGCAUCUAGCUGCACAAGAGCAUGAGUUUCGGCUCCGCCACGUCUUUCAUCAUGGGACGGACAACUACCCAAGACUUCAUAGGAAACUAGACGUCCGAGAAGAUACGAAAAUCAAGGUUGCAGACGAAGAUGGCAACGUCAGUGAAGCGCCGCGAUUGACCGCUCGGUCCCAUGCGGUAACCAUCCAGCGGCUCUCCGAUCGAUCUCCCCAAACAAUCGAUUCAAUACUGGACAAUGGGCGAAUGACGGGGAGGGCAAUGUCGCUGCCUGGCUCUGCAUGGACAGUCGAUGCGAUGCCGGGUCCAAACGUGACGGACCAGGACACCGUAUUGUCGUUCGCUCGGAUGGCCUCCGAUGCAUAUGUCGUGGACCCGAAUGAAGGAAAUUGGCAGGAUGUGCACGGCGGAUUCAAUUUCUCGAAUGAAUUUGGUUGGCAGACGGACGGGCUAAGAGGGCACAUCUUUUCGGACAAGACCAACUCCACCGUGGUCAUUGCAUUAAAAGGAACCUCACCGGCCGUGUUCGAUGGUUCAGAAACUACCACCAACGAUAAAAUCAACGACAAUUUGUUCUUUAGCUGCUGUUGCGGCCAAGGGGGGCAGUACUGGUGGAAGCAGGUGUGCGACUGCCAGACCACCACCUACACCUGCAAUUCGACGUGCGUUGUGGAGUCGUUAAGAGAUCGCAAUCGCUAUUAUUAUGCGGCGAAAGAGCUGUACGGAAACGUGACAGAGAUCUAUCCAGAUGCCCAGGUUUGGAUUGCCGGGCACUCGCUCGGCGGGGCGGUUUCCAGCUUACUCGGCCUGACGUACGGCCUUCCCGUUUUAACCUUCGAGGCUCCCGGCGAAGCAUUGCCAGCUUCACGAUUGGGUCUUCCGACGCCCCCUGGGUAUACUGCUGGGUAUCACCAGCGACGUGACAUGACAGGUGGCUACCACUUUGGGCACACGGCCGAUCCGAUUUUCAUGGGAUCGUGCAAUACAGCAGGCUCCUUCUGUACGAUUGCGGGCUACGCAAUGCAGAGCGUCUGCCACACGGGGCUCACCUGCGCCUACGAUACCGUCGAGGACUUUGGCUGGAGAGUGGGUAUUGGAACUCAUCGAAUUCAAUACGUCAUCAACAAUGUGCUCGAAAAGUACGACCAUCCAGCAGAGUGCAAGCCUUACGCAAACUGUACGGACUGCUACAACUGGGAGUACUUUGAGAGUCAUCAUUCAGACCCGGGGUCGUCGACUACCACGUCCUCUUCUUCAACUCAAACGAGGACACGGACACGGACCGAGACUUGUAAAACACCUGGAUGGUGGGGAUGCUUGGAUGAGUCAACGACUACCACGACUACGACCUCGAGUACAACCUCGACAUCUACGUCAACCUGCAAAACUCCUGGAUGGUUUGGGUGCAAGGAUCCGACGACAACGACAAGCACAACGACAUUCGAAUCCAAAACAAAGCAUUCAACAACCACUUCCACAUCAACCUGUAAGACGCCGGGCUGGUUCGGCUGUCGGGAUCCCACCAAAACGACCUCCCCUUUGCCUCAUGCUACUGCACCACCAAUCACGCCAACACCGACGCAGCCACCGGUUGUGACGGAGACGAGCAUCCCAAGAAAGUUACGUUGUAUUCAUCGGACGUGGUUCGGAUGGUGUGUUGAGUGGGAGGAAUGGGAUCCUAGGCUAGAGCUGUAG